AAGUCAAGUUGCCAUAUGUGGGAGAACCCAUUGCUCCAACUUGGAAGAGUGAGUGUGAUAUUACUUGGUCUUAUCGUUGUUCAUACACAUCAUCAAAAAGGCAGCCGCGUCAAUUUGACAAAGCCCUACAUAGUCUCCCUGUUAAUUCAAGAACUCUCCCCACUCCUUCCUUACCCAACCCCGCCUUUCCCACUCCCAAUUCGCUACGCUCUCCCGGUCUCCCCUAUAUAUAGAUAUAUACCCCCAUUACUGUCUACAAUCCUCACACAGUCUCCUUCUCGUCUUCAAACGUUCAUCGGCCAAGCGCUUUCCAAGUGCUCGAUCAAUUGUCUCAACCAGCUGCAACAACUUGUCUGGUCUCUUCUCUUUCAAGGCUUUAUUCCGAUGGCAGAGAAACAGCCACACUUAAACGGUGCGUUUUACGGCCCAGCCAUCCCCCCCUCAGAACACUCCCACCGCCCUGGACGUCGCUCUAGAUCCGGCUGCUGCUGCUGUCUUACCCUCUUCCUCAAAAUCAUAAUUUCGAUCAUCGUCAUUAUUGGCAUUGCAAUCUUCAUAUUCUGGCUCGUAGUCCUCCCACGUAGGGUCAAGUUCCACCUGAGUGACAUCAGACUCAAGGAAUUCAACUACACCAACACAAACUCAAUGUACCCCUACGAUCUUACAAGGAACACCUCAAACUCAAUGCAGCGCUACGACCUUGCGGUGAACAUCACAAUUCGCAACCCCAAUAGAAGGAUUAAAAUCUAUUACGAUGCGAUCGAGGCCAGAGCUGUUUACAAUAACAAGAUUGUUGGAAGCAAAUUCAUGCCAAAAUUCUUGCAAGGGCACAGGAGUACUAAUGUGUUGAACGCCCAUUAUAAAGGCAACAGGACGACGAUUAUGAGUCCUCCUGAUGUGGAAUUUUAUGAUAAGGAGAAGGCAAAUGGGGUUUACAGUUUUGAUUUGGAUUUGUACAUGAGGGUUAGGCUCAGAUUUGGAGACAUCGUUACAGGUUCCUUUAAGCCUGUCGUUAAGUGCGAUUUUAAGGUUAAUUCUGGUGAUGGAAGAUUGGUUGGUGGGGAUGAGACGGUCAAGUGCAAGAUUGCUUCUUUAAUUUGAUUAUUUCUGAUCAAUUCUUCUUUGAUCAAGUCUUGUGCUUUUCUUCUUUUGUUUUGACCAUUUGUUCAGAAUUCAGAUAUUGUCAUUCUUUUGUUUUUGUGUUUUUUUUUUCCCUGUUAUUUUUUAAUGUGAAUAAAAUUUCUCAUGUACCUGGAUUUUCUUAGUCACACUAUUCA